AUGCCGAAGUACUUGGGCCACUGCAUCGAACAAUCGGAUCUUUACAUCGCCAUGACCUACGUUCCCGGGGCACCCUGGGACAGAUACUUACAAGCAGAACACAAGGUUGCCGCCCUGGAAAAUGCAACCUUUUUUGUGCAGCAUUUGCUCCGCCAACUUGCAGGAGCUUUCCAGGUGCUGCACACCAUCGCGUUGCAUCGAGACGUAUCGUCGCACAAUGUCCAAGUUGCUGGGCAGGGCAGGAAGUGGUACUCGAAGUGCUUCGUACAGGUUGAUGCUGCUUUCCCGACGUUUCACGGUUUCACGACAUGUUGCUGCGGUUUUCAAUUUGGGUAUGGUUGCUUGCGGGUCAUCUUGCAUUUCAGCGUGGAAGCAGAGGUCCAACCUGAGGGCAAUGGCGGCUGGAAGUUCACGUUGCUGGAUUUUGGCACAGCCAUCCCCCUAACAAUGCGGUUGGAGUGUUACGAGGAGUUGUGUGGCGAUGGUCACUACUGGUGUCCCGGCGCAUGGUUGGCCGAGGGCUUCACAUUCCGAACCUUGGACAUGCCCGAGAAUGCGCAGUUCAAAAGACAGUACAUGGAGUACAUCGACCACUAUGCCGUCGGAAUAGUUUGCUUGGAGAGUUUGUUCUCCUUGUGGCACGGCCGCGCAACGAUGCCGGGCAUGAAAGAGUUGACAACCGCGUGGAAGCGUUAUUGGAGGACUGUGGAGUCCCUGUACGGCAGCCCUGGCUUCCAUGAGAAAGUUCAUUCUGCCCUUCUACCACAGCAUCAGAAGAUCAAAAAGGCCCUGGCCAUGACCGACCCGAUCCCCGGCAUUGCUGAUCUGCCUGAUGAGAUGGCAAUGCCGCGGUGGGAGAGCGUGCAAUCCGAGACCCGAGACUGGAGUGCGUUGCUAUCUGCUGGGGAGCGCCAGCGCUUGGCCUUCGCCCGGCUCUUCCUGAUGCUGGCACUGCGUGGACGAAGCGAGGAGCGGCGCAACUCGCGGUCGUCCAAUGGCUUCCACAAGGCAAAGAGCGCAACCCAUCUUUCCGCUUCAGGCAUCGUCUUCCCUCGUGUGGCACGGAGCUUCGGGAAUGAACUCUACGGCGCCGGACAGAAGGAUGGCCCACUGCUCGCCCCAUCGCAGUCACGCCUUCGAUUCAACGAGCUCAAGCGCCAGUCUGCACUGAGCUUGGGCGAAGUUCAGCAAGCCUCUGCAUUGUGCGGUGACUUUCCGAGCACUGGCGUCAUCGCUGUGCUGGACGAGAGCACCAGCGCCGUUGAAGUGAGCAUGGAAGAGCAGCUUUACAAGGUAAGCCACCGGCCUUCGCUCCCGAAAUUUCACAACACGGAGCUUCUGAUCGGAGAGCCGGCAGUAAGUCAAAGAGCUUCACAGCCGGUGCUGCAAGAAGGGGUGUGGCUCACACCUCAUGGCAAAGAGGUCCCCUGGAAGCAUGUGACGCUGGAGCCUGGUCCUGGUCAGGUCCCGGACGCCGCUGGUAUUGCACGUCAUAUGGGGGGGGGGGGCCUCUUAAAUAAUUCCCGAAGAUAUUCCUGUUAG